AUGCAAUUAGGAUAUAAUGAAAUAAUGAUUGUCUCAAAGUAUUUUGAAGAUAUUAAUGAUUUUAUUAAUUUAGAAAUUGGAAUUAAAAGAUUUCAAGGAAAUAUGGAACGAUUUCAUUUUAAUCCAAUUCCAUUGAAUCAACAUUCAAGAAGAUUGUUUCCUAAUAUUGAAACAUUUCAUAUUUAUAAUAAAAAAGAUGAAGUGUUUAAAGAUGGAAGAAUAAUUAAACAAAUAAUAUGGUAUAAAGUGAAUUAUUCAAGAUAUUUAGAAGAGAAAGAAGAAGGAAAUAUUUGUAAAAAUAUCGAAUAUACAAAAGAAGAUAGAAUUAAAUAUGGAAAUACAAUACCAAUAGAAGUUAAUUCACUUGGAAAUGAAUGUUUUAGUUUUUAUUCAAUAUUAACACCAAUUAAUAUACCAAACAUUAUUAAAAUGCGACAUAGUUUUGAUAGAUGUUCAACAUUAACAACAGUUAAUAUUCCAACAAGUGUAACUCAAAUAGGAGAUAGAUGUUUUUCUAAAUGUACAUCAUUACAAUCAAUUAAUAUUCCAACAAGUGUAAUUGAAAUAGGAAAUAAAUGUUUUUUUGAAUGUUAUUCAUUAACAUCAAUUGCUAUACCAACAAAUGUUAGUAAAAUAGGAGAUAGAUGUUUUUAUGGAUGUAAAUCAUUAACGUCAAUUGAAAUACCAACAAGUGUAACUGAAAUAGGAAAUUUGUGUUUUAAAGAAUGUACAUCAUUAACAUCAAUUAAUAUACCAUCAUCAAUUACAUCAUUUGGAAUUGGAUGUUUUUAUCAUUGUGGAUGUGAAGAAGAAUUAAAGAAGAAUAAAACAAUACCAGAAUAUUGCUUUUGA